AUCACCCUAUUUGAAAUUUACAUGUGGUGCUAUGAAUAAGUUUUUAUUCUACAUAAAACUCUUAACAGGUGCAGGGGAAAAACUCCUCAAUAUCAGUUUUCAACAUGUUACUACUUGUUAUGUGAAGGAUAACCAAGGAUAUUUUGCAUCUUGUUGUUAUCUGAAGAUCGCUAGCUUACUUUGCUCUGUUAAGGUUUACAACAUACCUAGUGUUUGUCUGUUUGAUUUGUAGAGUUGCUGAUUGCUAUAAAGCUAUGAUCAUGACCAAGAAAUUCAAAAGUAAGACUUGUUUUGUUUCAGAUGGGGUGGGGAAGUCAUUGAUCUGUAAAGAUCAAUGUCCUUAAUGGAAUUACAUCAACUUGGCUCGUGAAGCUGUUGGCUUAUUAAACAAUAGUUUCUGUUUUGUCUGCUUGUUAAGGUCUCAAGUUCCUUUGUAUAUGUAUAACUAAUUUCAUUUGGGAAAAUUACUAAUUUCUUGAAUACUAGGGCAAGCUAUGCUGACGUUUCUUAUUAUGUACCUUAUUUUUAUGUUUUUUGAGUUUGCACAAAUCCAAUUAACAGAUUUCAAAAUGAAUUGAUAUGUUUAUUAGCCAAAAAAGGAUGACAACAGAACUCUGUUCUCGUUGGCUAUCUUUCACAAGCAGUUGUUCACCUUCCUCUCUUUAACUACUAUCAGGAAAGAGUGAAAUUUUAUGAUCUUUAUCAUCUUCCCACCUUUGUCAAGAAAUUUUAUGAUGGGUAAUCUAAUCUGCUACAAGGUAAAGAAGUCCAUAGCUCAGAGGCGUCAGUGUAUGGGUAUUUUGUUGUCCUAAUUUAUUAUCUUUCAAUACCCACAUGUAGAUCUGUUUCAGUAAUUGCUCUACGUUCAUUCUAACACUAAUAAUUGCUCCUUAUACUUUUUUAGUCAAUGAUAAUCGGGGAGACAACAAAUGAUCGUUAUGAAAAUUGUAGUGUUUUUACUCUGAUGAAGAAAUGGAAGGGCGUUUCCAUCCUUUAUGUUAAUUAAGGAUAUAUCAGUUUUUUUAAUAUUUCUUUAUUGAAUGUAACAGAUGAUCAAGGGUCAUGAUAAUUCACACAUAUUGAAUUCUCUUUAAAAUAACAUAGCUAUCUCUUUAUGGGUAUCCAUGAGGAGGAGGUACAGGAUUCUUGCAUAUCAAAAACACAUCAGCUGACAUCAGAUUUGCAUUUUUAGAUUCCUUUAGAGUAUUGCAUUCUCUCCCAUCCUUUUAUCUCUUAUAUGCUAUUAAGCUAUUGAACUAUUAAUAGUAUGACCUCUUUUCUUAAAUAUUCAAUUUUAUUAACCUGGGUCCUGAUAAAAAAAUUAUUUGUAAACUGACACCAAAACAAAAUGAUUGUAUUGUUGAUGCUCAUAUUACAAUUUAACUGCUUCUACUAUAAUAACAUUCUAAUCCUUAUACUUUCACAAGACUAAUCCAUGAUAAGUUUAUGUGCAUUCAGUGCUUUCAUUUGUUCAUGCACUUUCUCUAGAUUCUUGUAAUUAUUUUCAUUCUGACAGGUACUAUCCAUGUCAAGUGGAAUAAAAUAGAUAAACUCUUUGUCUUGUUUUUCACCUCAAUUAAUUGCUAUGGCAACUAAAUUCAUCAAUCAGUGAAGGAGAAGGAACAAAAUUGGAGAAAAGAAGAGAACAUAGAAUAAUGUGUGUAUCAAACUUUUUUCACCUUUAAUUUGUUUUUCAUAUCGAGAUUGUCUUGAGCUCUUCGAUAGAGGAAAGGGACAAGAUCUUUGAUGUGAUAUCAAUAUUAUGCAAUAGACAAAGCCAAGAAUAUUGUCAUGAGGUUGACUCUACAAGAUUCUGAUCAAUCAUGUGCACGUAUCAUGACUGGUGCAUGCAUGUUUAGCUUACUCUUUCCAAAUUAAUAUUAAUAUUUCUUUCCGAAAGUUGUCUUCUAGGCUGAUGUGUUUACACAAGAUUAGAAGAGAAUAUAUCCUUCCUAGCACCUAUCCACACUCUUAAUUAUAUUAGUUAUAAAGUCAAGACUGUUCAGGUGUACGGAAACAACAGCAAAUAUGGAUAAUUGAUUGUAGACUACGCGCCUACUUGUUUAAAACAUGAUGAGUCACCAUAAAGCAAAUCAUUAGGCCAGUUUUUCUUAUCCAAAGAAAUAUCUUUAUGAGGUUCACUUUUUCUGGUUUUCAUUCAAACAAAUCCAUCCCACACUUCUUCCAACUGCACCUAUAAAUAUGGGGUGAUGAAAGGCUAGAGUCACCAAAGACAGACCAACACAAUAUUUUACUUUGUGCUUUUAUUACUUGUAUUAAUUUUCAAGUAGUUAUUGUAAUCUAUAAGCUUAUAGCAUGGAUAAGAUUAAAGAGUUGGCAUCAAGGAAGGCUGCAGUGAUCAUUACCAAGAGCUCUUGUUUUAUGUGCUAUAGUAUUAAGACACUGUUUUAUGAAAUGGGUGCAAGUCCUGAAAUCUAUGAACUUGACAAAGAGGAAGGUGGGAGGGAAAUAGAACGAGCCCUAAGGAUGCUAGGAUGUACCUCUGUCCCAGCUGUGUUUAUUGGUGGUAAAUUUAUUGGGUCAGCUAAGGAUGUCAUCUCUCACCAUGUUGACACCUCUCUCAAGCAAAUGCUUAUUGAUGCCAAAGCUAUUUGGUUCUAGUUGUAGUUAAACCUUUUGGUUCACUUGUAAUUAGAUUCCAUCUAGGUUAGCAUGAAACAAUAUCCGGUACCAUGUUAAAAUAACACGGUAUCAAACGGGUUGUUCUUUCUUCCAAGUUUAGUGACUGGGUUUGUUGAAGAGGUCAUUUUGGGGAAGGACAACCAUGUAAUAACUGUUUUUUUCUUUCUUGUACCAUGUAUUUUGGAAACUGAAAAGUAAAAAGGGAAAUACAAAAAUGUAUAUCUUUUUUUA